AGAUGCUAAAUAAUAGGAUUAUAAUGCUAAACAAAUCGUGGUUAGUUUUAAAACAAAAUCUUGUAUUUACAAUCAGCCAGCUGUAGAUUAGAAACCUUUAAUGAGGAACCAAAGUUUCCUAUUGUUUGUAGAUGAUAAUGUCCCUUACAAAUAAGGGAUCGUGUUGCCUUGGUCAAGUUUAAUCAGAUACAAAAUGUGCAGCGACGCGGACAACUGAUUUGAUACUGUAUUACUAAAUCGGGAUGGAAUUAUAGUGUUGAUACAAACUUACAUGACUAGUUCUAUUUACAUUAUUCAUAUUUGAACCAUUGGAAUCAGACAUAAACAGAGAAGAAAUCAUCAGAAACUGUAAUAAUGCAAAAAAGAAGUUUGAGGUUUAGAAAAAACUGUGACAUCGUUGACAACAUGGAAGAAGUUGUUUUAAGAAAAUACUUCAACGAGAGAAUGAAGAAUAAUAUGAAAAAGACUGGCUUGAAAAUCGUGAUACCAAAAUCGGAGGAUCCACUUGAUGAAUAUUAUAGAAGCUCUAGAGAACAUGAGGUUCUGGAUCAAUUUAUUAGUGAAGAAACGAAGUCGGCAAGAAGCAAACAGGUUCCAAUAAUGGGAAAAAAAGCCUUGCUGCGAAGAUCAAGUCUUGAGCAGUCUGACUACUUGGUCGUACAAGAGCUGAUCUUGGAAAAAUAUAGUACCAAGAUCAAGCAAUACCUUGAGAGAAAUCGCAUGAGAAGAAAGUCGAGAUAUGAACAUUUUGAAGAAUAUCUAUCCUCCGGGCGACACACGCCCUCCAGUAUUAGCUCUCUUAACAGCCUAGACGGUGCUGAAACAGAUCGUUCUGAAGAAAACAUCCAAAAUGUUACCGGUAAGAGCGACUCGACGUCAUCCGUGUCAAGUGACCUGAAAGAAGAAAGAUAUACACUAAGCAGCACAAAGCCUGAAUCGACGGAUAACGGGGAAUUAGCUCAAAACAAUUCUGAUAGCAAAGAUGAGGAUUUAGUAAAAUAUACUAAGUGCAAAGAGUGGGGCAUUACUAUCCCCCAGUACGAGAGACAAGAUAAUCAUGACAAUAUACAAACUGGUGUGGAAAAUGCAGCAGAUAUAAAAUAUGAAGCCUCAAAGAGCCAAAUCAGCAUCAAUCUUCUGAAUUUUAUGAAAUCUGUAGACGAUUCCAAUGUUCACAGCCCCGCAAAUAGUACGAUGACUUCCACAUAUAGUGAGACAAAGUUCAUUGCAAAUGCGCUAAGUGGUGUGAACCUGUCUCAAGAGCAUGAAGACAAUAACAGUACGAUUAAUUCAGUCUCAUACGAAAGCCUCAAUGACGAGAGUAUUACCACAUCGAAAAUUUCUGAUCUGAUUUCGAAAGAUUCGACACUAACUAAUGGUAUUUCGAAUGGACAACGAUUUGUCACUACAAACUCAGUUUAUGAAACUGAAGCAUCUCAGAAUAACCAUUUGGAAUUGGGAAAAUUGACCGCCGAGCUCUCUCUGCAAAGUCAAAUGUUUCUUCAAGCGUCAAAGGCCGUGAAGCAUUGCAGAGCCAAUGAUAUGCUUCACAGCAUGGGAUACAUUGAGGCUGAAAGAGUUUUGCUGCUGACAACUGCAUCGAAAAAAGCACUGAACGAAGAAAUCCACUCGCUGCUAUCGAAGAAAUACUCCGGUAAAAAUGAGCCCAAUAUCCGCAAUGGAGAAAUAAAGAUAGAGAACAUGACAAUAGAAUUUGGUAGCCCAAGGCCAAGCAGUCGCCAUGACAAAAUCUUAGAAGUAUUUGUUGUGCUGGUCAAGUGUGGCAAAGAGGUCCAUGGAAGUAGAGUACUGCAGAAUAAGUCAAAUAAAUUCAAAUUUGACAAGGUUAUAAAGCUCGGGAAACUGAGAGCAGAUUUCAAGAUUGGCGUCGAAAUAUAUUCAAUGGCAGUGACGCUUCAGGAGGAUUGCCAAUACAACUGUCCAAGUCCUAUGAAUAUUUUCUACGCCACCAGACACUCCAAGAGAUCCAGUUUUAUAAACGAAGAUGCGAAUAUCAACGUCACAUCGGCUUUUACUCUAAUAAGGAACUGCGAUAUCAGAAUAACAGAUUUGGCCAAAAUCGACGGAAACGGUAUACUGAUGUUACAACUACAAAAUUCUGACAAAAAACGUGCAUCGACUGAUAAAGUAUGUUUGAAACUACAGAGCACGUUGAAAUUUAACAGCUGUCUCAGAGGAUUUCUCACAAUAGGGACAGAAAAUGAACACAAGUGCAUUAUUUGGAACCGGCGAUGGUGUAUGUUGAAGGGUUCGACCCUGGAAUACUGGAACCAUCCUUCAGAGGAGGAAUUCGCCAGAUAUGGAUCCAUAGACUUAAGAGAUUGUUCAGCAAACUGCAUAGGGAUAGCAGAAAGGCAACUUUGCUCUAGACCUCGGACCUUACUGUUGCCGAUCAAAAAAGACGACACGGCCAAAAGAUAUUUUUUGGCUACAGAUAACAACACGGAGCUUGAAGCGUGGAAUAAACAACUAAAUGUAACUGUACGCGCUCUGAAACUGUGGAGAAAUUCUGAGAUAUGUUGCAACGCUUAAUUUCGAAACUGUAACCAUGAGCGCCCAUAUAGCAAAAUCUAGGGGCUUACAGGUUGUGCAGGAUAAAAAAUGCUGAGAACUAGCCAACCCGUUGCCACUUCUUACCCAAGGAUUGGGUAUCUUAAGAAUAUUUCACUUUGAAGCAAAAACCAGGGGGGAAUAUGCCCCCCCCCCCAUGGGCGCCCAUGACUGCAACCUAUACGUCCCAAAGGACAAUAUUGACGCAACUUUUUAAGUGAAGUUUUUUUUUGAUUUUUAUUGUAAGAAUGCUUAUUCUAACUAUAUGUAAGAUGUUUUCUAAAUAUGAGGUGAAAAUGUAACAGGGGCUUAAGGCUAUUAACAACAAAGUGACUUUUUUAAAAGCCAAUGAAUAAACAUUCUCAGAAUAGCCCAGUGAAGUGUUUCACCUUGUAUGUUCUUGUGUGUUUUCCUAUUUUUAAUCAGUAUUUUUAGUUGUAUGUAAAUGUUUUAAUGUUGUUAAAUUUUUUGGUAUUUCAAAAUAGAUGCUUUUUUGUGUGAAAUA